GGAGACGAACCCUAAACCCGAACGAGACCCGGUCACCCGCUGCCCGUACGGAGUGGUAUAUGGUAAGGAGGUGAUAACUCUCCCGGGGCCGAAAAGAGGUAUACGCGCCGUAGAGGACGACGAGCGGCAUAGACAACCGUGGUAGAUGGAUCGGUACCAGAGAGUAGAAAAACCGAGGGAAGAGACCCCGAUUAAUGAGAAUGAGAUCCGUAUCACGGCUCAAGGGAGGAUGCGGAACUAUAUCUCGUACGCCACCAGCUUGCUUCAGGAAAAAGGUUCAAAUGAGAUUGUCUUGAAGGCAAUGGGCAAAGCUAUUAGCAAGACUGUUAUGAUUGUAGAACUGAUUAAGAGACGUAUAGUCGGUCUUCAUCAAAAUGCUGUAAUUGGAUCUACUGACAUAACUGACACAUGGGAACCAUUAGAGGAAGGCCUACUUCCGCUUGAAACUACUCGGCAUGUCUCAGUAAUCAGCAUAACUUUGUCUAGGAAGGAACUGGACACAUCAGCUGUUGGGUAUCAACCUCCUUUGCCUAGAGAUCUGGUGAGACCCUUGGCUGAAUACGACUACGAAGGAGAAGGCUAUCCUGGUCAAGGAAGAGGUCGCGGUGCCCGUGGCUGGGGAAGGGCUCACGGAAAUGGCCCAACUGAAUAUGACGAUGGAAACUGGGACGAUAGAGGUCGUGGAUACGGCAGAGGUGGCUGGGGAAGGGCUCACAGAAAUGUCCCAACUGAAUAUGAUGAUGGAAGCUGGGAUGAUAGAGGUCGCGGAUAUGGCAGAGGUGGCUAUGGUCGUGGCAGAGUCCAAGGUUACCGUGGGCGAGGCAGGGGUGGAUAUGGUGGCCAGCCUGAUUAUCAGCAGGAAAGCAACAGCUAUGCCUACAACGACGAGGUUCCCAUGCCCAAUCGGGGAAGAGGUCGUGAUCGUGGCCGUGGCCGUGGCCGUGGUCCGACUCGAGGAAGGGGUCGCAACACUAGACCAAAUGGAAUCGCCCAUGCUGGCACUGUUGUUGCUUAACCCAUUGAUCUGAUCUCGUCUGCUAUGUUUAUGCUCUAUGACCUGAUGGAUGCCUGCUCUGCAUCUGAAGAUAUUUCCAGCGAUGCAUGUUAGUCUCGCAAUGUGGUCGAGGAUUUGAAAGCUUUUUAGUUAGAUACUUAUAACUCCUAAUCUUUACUAGUAGGAUUUUGAUCGGUAGAGCAGUACAUUCUUUCAUUUGUUUAAGAAAUCUUCAUUUAUUUAGAGUCCUUAAUCA